AUGGAGCUGCCUACUGCUGAGGAGGCUUUAGCGCCCCAUUCCACCAUUGCAGCAGCUGCAGGAAGAGCCAAUGUAUGCGACCGGUCAGACAAGCCGCCUUUGAGUUGCUCACUGCCCCGGAUAACAGGGAGCCUCUCGACAGUGUACCUGCUGCUUCACGUCCACCUGUUGCCUCAACAGCAUCCGCCGCAGAAGCAGCAGCAAGGGCAGCAGCACCAGAAGCGGGAGGAAGGGCAACACCAGCACACAACAUUACAACUGGAUGCAGCAGCAGUAACUUGCAGUCUCACCGCUGCUUUGCUGCAGCACGCAGGGCUAGUGGGUGCUGCUUUGUUGCCUUUUAGAGUCCUCGGUUACGACGCGCGACUCUCACUUGCCACACUGAAAACAGACGCCGCGUCUGCACCUACUCUCAUCCUUGCUGCCGCUAAUGUCUGCGAAAUUCACGUUCCUAAUGCAGGCGGUAGCAACAAGCAUAGUAGAUCGCCCUGUUUUCUUACGCUUGUCAGGGCAUCGUCUUCGCUGCACGCACUGCUAUGCCCCAGAAGGCCCAAUGCCAGCCUAAUGUCUUUCAGUGGAAGCCCUGUGAAAGGCGGACGAGCGUCGCUCUGGUUGGCUGCAGCCGCAUGA